AUGGCAGACUUCGAGAGCAUCGCCAAGCAAUUCGUCGAGUACUACUACAAGACCUUCGACGAGAACCGCAACAACCUCGCACCGCUCUACAGAGAUGAGUCUAUGCUCACAUUCGAAGCCACACCAUGUCAAGGCACUUCGGCUAUCGUCUCAAAGCUUUCGGAACUGCCCUUCCAGAGGAUCGAGCAUCAAGUCGCGACGAUUGACGCGCAGCCUAGCAAUACGACCGGUGGGAUCAUCGUGGUAGUGAGCGGGGCGCUGCUGGUCGAGGAGGAGAGGCGGCCGAUGAGCUACACCCAGACGUUCCAGCUCAUGCCAAACGACCAGGGCAGCUACUUUGUCUUCAACGACGUCUUCCGGCUGGUGUAUCCUGCGGCUUAG